GCGCACUUCAAGCGGACGGUGGAGGAGCUCUGGCAGGCCUCGUCGCAGGGGCUGGCGGAGGAGCAGGCGCGGGGCAUCUUCCAGCGGGAGUGGGCCCACUUCGAGGACAAGUGCCGCGCACGCUUCGAGGGGACCGUGAAGUCCAGGAGGCAGCUGGCGGAAGAGGUGUGCAUGGUCUUCAACCACGUGCUCCGGCAGCACCGGCACGGCGACGAGGACCUCCAG